AUGAGAACGUCACGUCUUGCUGACGAUGUUACUCGCGCACCGGCAACUGAGACAUCUCCCCUGCUGGCUACUCAGGCGGUGAAUGACUCACUAAACGGUCCGUCGGUUGGAAUAGCAAAGAGCAUUGGGCAGCGAAAGCCAGACGAAGAAACAGCAGGAGGCAAUGGAAUUGACGACGCUAGAAUUGCCCAGUUUAAGGGUGAGCCGGAGUUGCAAAAGCGGCUGAAGUACAUCGUCUUCCUCUCAUCUGCUGAUCAAACCAUCAUCGUUGCGAGUUAUGGCAAAAUCGGCAGUGAUCUCAAUGCCCUCAACUUGACCAGCUGGGUUGCUACGUCGUACUUUUUAUCGCUGACCGCUUUUCAACCGUUAUACGGCCGCCUUAGCGAUAUAUUUGGGAGGAAGGGAUGCCUACUGUUUGGAUACGUAAUAUUUGGCACCGGAUGUGUCCUGUGUGGAUUGGCCCAGGAUAUAAAGCAACUGAUUGCCGCACGGGUAUUUCAAGGCAUUGGAGGAGGUGGCCUAUCGACCGUCGUUAGCAUAAUUAUGAGUGACAUUGUUCCAUUGAGGGAUCGUGGUGUCUGGCAAGGGGUCAUUAACAUCGUCUGGUCUGCUGGGUCCGGGCUUGGAGCACCUCUUGAUACUAUUGGAUGGCGCUGGGCCUUCCUCGCCCAAGGGCCUUGCUGUUUACUUGCGUUUGUCGUCGUAGGGCUUACAUUAAAGAUGCCAGCAACCGACCAGUCAAACUGGCGAGAAAAGUUAAAGCGAGUCGACUUCCUUGGAGCAUUUGUUCUCGUUGUUGCAGUCUUUGGACUCAUCCUUGGCCUAGACCGAGGUGGUAACGUUUCUUGGACCAUGCCUUUGACUAUUAUAUCGCUCGCUGUGUCCGCGGUGGCAUUCGUUCUUUUCAUGAUAGUUGAAGCUCGAUUCGCUGUCGCCCCAUUCGCUCCCCUGCACAUCACAUUCGGCCGAGACUUGGUUGCAUGCUACCUAACCAACUUUUUCAGUUUCGGCGGAUGGCUUGCGGCAAUCUUCUAUAUCCCGUUAUUCUUUCAGGCCAGUGAUGGCAGCUCUGCUGCAGAUGCUGGAAUUAAACUCCUGCCUUCUAUUCUUCUGGGAGUAUCCGGCUCGUUAUUCGGGGGGUGGCUGAUGAAGAGGACCGGCAAGUACUAUUGGAUUACUGUUGCAUCAUAUGCCUUGUUGGUUGCUGGCCUUUUAAUGAUCGUGUUAUGCUCCGGAGUGGUUGUCAAGAGCACUCCACUGAUAAUAAUUGGAAUGACCAUGUGCGCUUUUGGAAACGGCAUUGGAGUUACCACGACACUGAUUGCAUUAAUUGCAAAUGCAUCUCCUGAGGACCAAGCCGUCGCAACAGCUUGCUCAUAUCUAUUCCGAUCUCUAGGGUCAGUCAUCACGAUCUCGCUAUCCGCCAGUAUUGUUCAGCAGUUCCUUAGGAGCUCCUUGCGGUCUGCACUAAAAGGCAACAAAAAUAUCGAUGAUAUUGUGGAUGGGGUUAGGCAAAGCCUUGAUUAUAUCAACCAUCUUGAGCCACAUAUUAGAGAAGUGGUCAGAGAUUGUUACGGCCGUUCUACAUCCACGGCCUUUGGAUUUAUGACCAUCCUCGUUUUCCUCGCAUUUGUUAGCGCCAUUUUCAUCCGAGAGCAAAAGUUGAGCGCAUAG